AUGAGUGUGACGGCCGCCUGGAACCAGAACCUUCUCAAGAUUUGUAACAAUGAUGAAAACUACAUGACUUGGCGCAAAGCGAACCGCAUCAACCGAGCUCACAGUAACAUUUUGACACAACAUCGAAAUCACAGCAUGGUGGAAGAACCAACGAAACUCCAACAACAACUCUUGGCCACGGCCUCGAUUGUCAGAGAAAAGAUGGGCACUACCUCUAUUCCCUCUUCGGAAGACUUGUUUUUCGAUUCGUCCUUUGUCAAACCAAACGGCACUCAACGAGGAUUCUGCAAUUGGCUCCUUCCCGGACGUCUCAUGGUGGGUCAAUAUCCAGGACAGAAUCCACUCCACGAUGGCCCUACUGCACAGGCGGUUACCCAACACGUCCAACGCAUUUCCAAUGCCCACGUGUCUGUCUUUUGUUCGCUGCAACGCGAGACACCGCCGCAAGACGACAACCACGCUUGGGCCGAUUGCAAAUCCUACUUGCAACCCGAAGCGGUUCGUCGAGAAUUGCCACGGCCGUUUAUUCAAUACGCUCCCUUGGUACGACAAUACAACAACAAGACUCCAGUCUUUUUGCACAAACCCAUUGACGAUCUCAGUGUCCCGGAAAGUCAAGAACCGUUGCAACGCUUGCUACUGCAAUUGUUGGAGUAUAUUGCGCAAGAAGGAGAACAACCAACGGCGGUUUAUGUGCAUUGUUGGGGUGGUCUUGGGCGAGCUGGGUUGAUUGGUGCUUGUCUCUUGUCGCUGGUGUACCCUCACUUGUCCAGUAAACAAAUCCUGCAGUGGGUCCAACGAGGCUAUGCCACGCGAUUGGGACACGAACAGUUGGAGGAACAGUACAGUUACUCACCGCAAACAUGUCCUCAACGAGCGUAUGUGGAAGCCUUUGUCCAAGAGUAUCAAGAGUUGUAUCGUCAACAACAGUUUAGUAACUAG